ACUCGGACGCGUCUAAUCCUCUUUUGAUGAACUUGGUUAAUAGACCUCCUGCGGCGGCCUCUGGCUCUGUUCAUUAGGCAGCACACGACCCUCUCCACGCCCCCGGGGGUGGCACGCACGCACGCACGCACUCACCGCGCGUCCCCGCGGCCCAUAAAUUCCCCCAAAGUUGAGGAAAGUUGAGGAAAGUUCGGCAGAAGUUCGUUGCGAGGAGGAGGAAGAGCCGCGAUGCCGCCACGCAGAAGCCUCUUUGCGCCCUUCAUCACGGUGGACCCGGCGGGAGGAGGAGGAGGAGGAGGAGGAGGAGGAGGCGCCGACAUCCACGCGCUGCUGCAGCAGCGCAGCCGUGCGCAGGAGCGACCCGGGGCAGAGCGCGCCAGAGGCGGCUGCGACCACCGGGACCCGCCGUGCGCCAUCGUGGAGCUCCGGCUCGGCCCCGCCGGCGGCGGCGCGCUGCACUACCUCGGGCCGGACAGGUGCGCUCUGGAGCGCGCGCAGCGACGGCGCCGACUCGCCGCCAACGCGCGGGAGCGGAGGAGGAUGCUCGGGCUCAACGUCGCCUUCGACCGACUCCGCAGCGUCAUCCCGAACCUGGAGAGCGACAGGAAACUGUCCAAGUCAGAGACGCUGCAGAUGGCGCAGAUUUACAUCGCCACGCUGAGCGAGCUGCUCCAGGAGGAACCGGCCCCGCGGGGCCCGGAGAGGCCCCCGGGGCCCGCGGGGCCCGCCAGGGACUUUCACCGCGGGAAGAGCAGCGGAGGCUCGGAGGAAGACGAGUUAUGAUGAAGAGACAUUUAAAGACUGAAUUAUUAAAUAUCACACUUUUCUACUUAUUGUUUGUAAUAUUUUAUCACGUGUUGACCUGCAGUAAAAAAAAAAAAAACAGAUUCCUUGUAUGAAUCAUUUUGAAUGUAUGAGGUCAUGUGUCCAAACAUUUUUUGUAUUUGUAUAUUUUUAUUAAAUAUAUAUUUUUUGCCAACAAAACAAAUGUAUUCUAUUUUAUUGUGAUACAUUUUUUUCGUAUUCUCGACGGAGCAGGUUGUUUUUCAAUAAUCAAAGAAAAUUGUAGAUGAAAAAGAAAAAACAAUCUUUAGCCAUAAUUCCACCAAAAUUCUUUUCAAACCUUCAG